AUCUUCGCGAAUUAAACAGUAUUUAAAUAACGGGAAUAUGUUUUUCGUAUUUAAAUGAACUUGGAAGUUUUUAAAUUUGUGAAAAGAAUGCCCCCGUACGUCAUACUUUCCCUUUAACAAUAUAGUCGCGCGGGUUAUCUACCUAACAUCUUUCGGAGGAAAUGUUCGAAUUGAGGCUUCCGGUGCAAAUCUGUAAUAAAAACGAACACUUUUGACGGUAGAAGCGCAGCAAUUUAUAAUAUUUUUACACGAAAAUAUAACUUUUAAAAGCCAGAAGUUGAAAUAACUCGAAGGUGAGCGACAAAAAUUCCGGUAGAAGAAUGUUCCAUCUCCAAACGAAAAUUUUUAUCCAUUCAUUCAAUUAUCGAAGAAUUAAGUUAUUUUUUAAGGUUUUGUAACUAUUUAAGCUUAUCUGUACUUUAAAAUUUGAUACAUUUUAAAACAAUAAGACUUCCCGUAAUCAAAUCGAGCAAGAAGAUUUAACGUUUUUGCUGGCUUGUUCCGAAGAAUAAGUAACUCGAUCGUUUCCUCCUUCUUUUCUAUCUAAAAUUACGUCCGAAUAAUUAAUUAAUCCACCUAAGCCAUUCUGAAUACGAAACAUUACGUACUUUCAAAACUUAUUUUUAUUUAUCGGUUAUUUUCCUCCAGUGAAUGGCUCGUACUUGAAAAAGGGGCAACGCUUUCUUCGUAAAUUGUGACAUUCAUUGGCAUAUACAGUACUUGUAUUUCUUUUAGCCUUAUUAUAAAAUAGAAAUUCGAGCGAUAAUCUGGACCCAGCAACUUGGCCAAAAGUUAGUUUAGUUUUGUCUUUUUGGCUACUAAUCGAAGCAAAUCCGAGUCGUAGUUAAACACAAAUAAAGUAACCAGUUAUUGUUGUGUAGUAUGUGUUUACUUUCCACUAUAGAUUACGUUUAACAUUUAAUUAUUGUACCGUGCCAUUAGAAAAUGCAACAGAUUGCUUGGAAACGAAACUAAUCUACUAUUGAUAGUGUUCUCUCGAACAAUCUUACGCUUAUUUAUAGCAAUUAAAACGACAACAAUAGAUAAUCGAGCGCUAUUGAUAGUUUUGGGUGUCGGGGAUUGAUGAUAUACACUGUAUACACGCACGCGUAUAACCCUAUAUUUAGUAAUUAACAAAACUCUCUCGGCUAAUAAUUAAUAGACCAUCGAAAUACGUGUUAAGUUGCCGAGAUAAUUUAUUUAAAGCUAAACUAACGUUUUCGGCCUAUUCGAUGGGCCAUCCUCGGGUUAAUAAGAGAGUUUUGUUAAUUGUUAAUGUGGCGGCACCGGUGGAUUAUUACAAGAAGUACAGAAAGUUAACAUUAAAAGUUGUCGGGGCAGAUUGCCAGUUGGAGUUUCUAAAGGAAUGUUUGAAAAGGAAGGUAUUCCCGAUGUCAUUAUACAGGAUCGGCGUGUAUGUGCCUUCGUAAGUCUAUUAGAAUAGGGAAAAAUAAAAAAAUAUGGAAUCUUGCACGAACUCAUCAACUUGGAAGAUAUUGUAUACGAUCCAGAAAAGUUAGUAGAAAUCAACAAAGGAAUAGUUGGGCUAAUGGAUUCAGUUCAUAGGAAUUUAAGGAAGAGAUUCAUUUGGGAACGACAGGAAUAACUAAGGAAUAACGAUCUUUCGACAUUCGUCUUUCGGGACCAAAUGGAGGUUCCGGUGAAGAUCAAAGAGGUAAAAAUGGCCCGAACUUUGUCCCGGAAAAUGCUGGAUCUUGAGAAAUCGAAAGAGGGAUUAAUGAGCCGGAUUCAUUAGAAAAAUAUUACGUCGGAUGGAAAACCGUCAUUAAAGACCGGGCAGGUCGGAGGAAAGGAAGCGGUACAAAGGCAUCAAACUUACUAGAAGUUGGAUGAGGGAAAAUGAUUCGGUUGCAACAAAGGCGAACAAAAGUAAGAUGUUGGUUAUGGCGAGAAAGCUUUGGAGGAUUAGAUUUAAAAAAAACCAGAAUGCGAACGGUUUGACACAAAAAUUAUUCGGAACAACAAUAGAAGAAUCAAAAAACUAGAAAGAACAAGACUCUUUAUUGGAUUCCGACAAUCUAAGGAAAGGUAACGACCUUUCCUUAGAAAUUGUCGGGAUCCAAGACCCGGAAUACCAAGAUUAUUUGCGUUUGCCGAAACCCAUUGUUUGCGCUAUUAAACAAUUAUUUGUUUAACAAUGUAAUUUACAACGAAUUUAACAAUGUUUGCGGCCAUUAUAUCGAACGGAUUGUUGGCAUCACCAGCAAGCAUAUUAUCUCAUUUUAUUAUUAAUAAUUUGAUAUUUUACGAGGAAGGUAAAGAAAUAAGGCCUAUAGUGGAAAGAUGCGGGGGACCAACUUUUGUCCCGGAAAAAGGUUACAUAAAUUUCUCACCUCUCGACUCGAGAAGAGCGUAUCCAUGGCGCAGGAUCCCCGGGUUGUGGUUAAAGAGACACGAGACCUAUUGUUAAUGAACGAUGAGAAAGAAAUUGAUUGGGUUUCCUGUGUUGUCAACCAUUUUUUGCCUUUAAUUCCAGCGAGACGAGUCUGACUUCACUCGAGACACGACACACCGCGCCCCUUUGUCUCCCCACCCGUCGACCUUUAACCACCGAAUUUAAUAGCAUCAAUCGCUGUAAUAUAGAAAUCUCCCCGUAAAAUUUCAGAAAUUUUCGACAAAAAGCAGGGGAGUUACUAAGCUUUAAAAAGGGUGAAGCCUCUCGCGCCCCUCCCCACCACACACACCCGCAAAAUAUUGUAAAAUAUUUAUACGGAAGAAAAAAAUGAACAAUUCUUUUACUCGUGUGUAAAGAAGGUAUUAAAUAUUUGAGAAGAUUUUUGAGAAUAUUUCGAAAUCCAUAUCUGAAAGUGCGAUUAUUGGCGAAUUUAAAUAUUUUAUAAUUAAGAGAUAAGGAAGGAAAUAUCAGCCAGACCAAUCUGAAAAAUGUUAGUUAUUUAAAUUAGGAUUAUUUUUUGACCUGGAUAUUUCCAAGUUUGUGACAGAACAAAGAGGAUAUUAAAUGUCCUUAGACAAUUCACGCGGAACGUAACGUAUAUAAAAUUAGAAGAUAAUAACCCACUUUCGUCGUAAUAAUGGGCAAAGAAGAAUACAGAAGAAGACUUUUAGUAUUUUUCAGCGAAAAAUUAGAUGUCGAUAAAAAUGGAUAUAUAUCUUGGGCGGAUUACGAGUUGCUAGCAUUAAGAACGACGUUUCAACAGAAUUUUGGUAAUUACGACCAAGAAAUCCAUAAAAAGUAUUUACAACACAGUAGACAGAUGUGGGAAAGUCUGUGUACCGAUCUAGGGGUGGAUAAAGACGAUAACGUACACUUCUUUCACCUGAUCGACUUUAUGUACUCCUCUACCAACAAAACCAAGAAGUUCGAAGAGCUUCCAGACUUCUUACAAAAUCUGUGCGUCGAAGUGUUUCGCAUGAUCGAUCGCAAAGGUGACAAUUUGUGGGAUCGAGACGAAUACAGGUUCGGUUCGGUUAUAUGGUGUUACAUUACUAAUUUGAAGGACAUCGACAACGCCUUCGAUUCCAUGUUGAAUGCGGAGGAUAAGAUCGGAGGAGGUAUUUCUUUGGAUCGCUACAAGGAAUUAGUUGUGGAAUUUUUUACGUCGAUGGACGGCGAAACUCCGAGUAGAAACAUUUUUGGACCCCUGGAUCCUAAACGUGCCGACGACGUAUUGGCCAAAGCCUCGCCGUUACGACUUUAAAUAAAUCCGACCACGUAUUUUUUACUUAUUAAUAAAUAAUAUACUGGCAGUUUGAUAAAUGUAAUGCGUUAAUAAAUGAUUUUAUAAUCGAUGUAAACAAAUAAAUAUAUAUAAUAA